AUGUCAUUGGCUAAAAUUUUGGCUUUCAUUAGUUUUUGUGACAUACAUUGCCAGAUCUUUGAUGGGGUGACUGUGCCAGAUAGUUCAGCUGUAGUUUAUCUGCCUGGCGAAAUCCAAGCUCAUGCUGUGAAAAUCUGGCCAGUAGAGUGGAGUUAUGGAAUUGCAAUCCAGCUAGAGCUUAGUGGAUGUCCUGAAGAUGACUGUGUCCCUGAUAAUGCUUUGAGUGGUCCUUACUUUGUGGAUGACAGAAACUUCAGAGCCUCAUCUGAGCUGCCUGGGUUUGAGUCUUGGAAUGCCAGGCUUAAACCAGGAAGAAACCAGCGACAGCUGUCGGUCUGGAUGCCGCUCACUACGGAGACAAACCCAUGGAUUGAGGUAGAUCUAGGAAAGAAGAGAAUUGUAAAGGGAGUGACUAUAGCAGGUGAUGCUGCGGGUAACUACGUGGCUGGGUUUAAUCUGCUGCUGAGUCAGUCACCAGGAGACCCGUGUAUCACAUACAUGGAACCAUACGGGCAACCAUAUAUAUUUUCAGGCGCCAUUCCCAAAGGACAGUUGUUAACCUUUGACCUGGUGUCAAGUGUAGAGGCUAGAGUGGUGAGACUGCUGGUUCUUUACUGGGCAGGGAAGGCGGCCCUCAAGUUUGAUGUUCUGGUUUGUACCUCUGGCUGUACUGCAGAACCAAUCAUUGACAAGCUUCCUAGCAGCCAGAUUUCAGCCUCAGACAGUGACGAUUAUCAUGACCCAAGCAGGUCAAAGCUCAACACACAGAGGUCAGGAGUUCUGGCUGAUGCCUGGCGGCCUCUCCGUCCCACAGUUGUUGAUUCUUCCUACAUUCAGGCCGACCUGGGGUCUGUAAUGCAGGUCACGUCUGUAGCCACCCAGGGAUCAGAAUCCGAAAGUCUGUGGGUCACUUCCUACUAUCUGGCAUUCUCAACUGAUGGCCAGACUUUCCGAAGAUACGGAGGCAAUGUGACAUUUUACACAGUGGCAAACAGAGUCACAGUUUACAAUGAAUCAGUGCUGUACCAAGGCAACUUUGAUGGUUCCACAGUGGUUAAAAAUGACCUGGCUCAACCGGUGAAUGCCAGAUAUGUCCGGUUGUACCCUCACAGUUUCCAGACAGCUGUAGCCAUCAGAUGGGAGAUCUAUGCUUGUGCUA